AUGGCCCCUCAAGACCGUAUUGCACAGGUGUCCUCCCAUCUUAAUUACCCACAGGGUCUGCUUGCUGGCCAAAUUGCCAUUAUCACUGGCGCUGGUCAGGGUGUUGGUGCUGAAGCUGCCCGCCUGUUUGCCAACGAGGGAGCGAAAGUGGUUGUUGCAGAUCUUGAUGCCAAUACGGCCCCCUUACAGGGAUACCUCUCGGAUAAGCAAUGGGAGGCCAUGAUAGCUGUCCACGCCACUGCACCCUUCAAACUGGUCCAAGCCGCGGCUCCAUACUUCAGAGUAAAAGACGGUGCUGACAGAGUCAUCGUGAACAUCAGCAGUACCAGUGGCAUCCACGGAAACCCGGGCCAAGUUAACUACGCCGUCGGCAAGGCUGGUAUGGUCGGCCUCACCAAAACAAUCGCGAAGGAAUGGGGUCCCCAAUUCGGUGUCCGCGCCAACACGAUUGCUUUUGGCUUGGUGCUAACACGGCUGACUGCGGCCAAGGAGGCUGGCGCCUUUAUCACAACGCCUGAUGGUGAAAAGGUCGUUCUCGGUAUACCUUCAGCCCAGUUGGCGGCGAGGGCUGGAAGCGAUGAGAAGGAUAAGUAUCCUGAUAUCCCGUUGAGAAGAGUGGCAACUCCCACGGAAGCAGCGAGGUCGAUUUUGGCAGUUGUGAGCCCCCUGCUGAGCUAUGUUAACGGGCAAACUAUCAUGGUUACAGGAGGGCGGAAUAUAUUUUCAUUCAAGACCAAUGGGAAAAUAGCCCUCUGGUUGUAA